AUGUCUUACUACAACCAAAAUUAUGGACAACCUCCCGCGGGAGCUGCAUCCAAUCUACAAUUCUAUCCGUCCUCAUAUUCCAAUGUGUCGGGCCACACUACACCGUCACAGGCUUCCUACGGCGGCUACAACUCCGGCAACACAGCUUCUGCGUACUCUGGAUAUGGCGCAGGCUCCUCAGCGGCAUUUGGCGCCGGGCCAGGCCUGCAGGGAGUGAGCGGGCGGAUGGGUGAGUCUGGAGGUCUGCGGACCGGGUGGCUCGCCGCGUUUGGCACCGAAGGCUACGAUGGUGAGCCUGGACUGAUGGAAGAGCUGGGUGUGAAUUUCGGUCACAUCAAGACCAAGACCAUUGCAGUCCUCAAUCCCUGGACCCGACCCUCACCGCACAUCAUGGAUGACAGCGACCUGUACGGCGGUUUACUUUUCCUCGUCCUCUACGGGACGUUCCUUGCCCUGUCGGGUAAAUUCUUCUACGGAUACAUCUACGGCAUCGCCUUGUUCGGUUCCAUGGCUCUACACUGGAUGUUCGCACUGAUGACACCACCCGCCGACCCCAACGAUUCAGACCAGAUGGCCCAGGCGCAACGAGACCACCACGGCGACACCUCACGUUCCGGCGGCCAUUUCUCAAGCACGCUGACCUACUCCCGCAGCGCGAGCGUCCUCGGCUACUGCUUCCUCCCACUUGUCUUCACCGCCCUCUUCGGCGUGGCGCUGCCGAUGGACACGGCGGCCGGGUACGUCACAACUGCUGGUGCGGUGGGAUGGUGUACGUUCAGCAGUUCCGGGAUGUUCGUCAGCGUUGGGCGUAUGAAGGGCAUGAGGGGUCUAGUUGCCUACCCGCUGGCUUUGUUCUACGUCGGCUUUGGCAUCAUGGGUAUUUUCUCGUCCCGCGGCAGUGGUACGCUCCAAGGCAAGGUCUUGUGA